AUGGGUCACUUAGCGGUAAAAGUAGGAAUGAUUCCGUGGAUCAAGGACUUUUUCCGCUGUCUACUAGGACGGAAUUGGGUUUUUAACACAGUUAUAGUUGCUGCCAGAAGGUGCUAUGCUAUUACUAAAGCGGGGCACCCGCGAUGUGGAGGUAAGACUGAUUUCUGUUCCCCCGGGGCUUCUUUCCCCAGUGCCAGAUCUUGUUCUUUCACCUGUGCCCAUGGAAUUCUUUCUACUGUUCACUGA